UCUUGAAUUUUUUCUGCUUCUGUUCAGCUACAAGUGACUCAAACAAGACCUCAACAUGGUGUCAAUGGGACGACAGAUGCUGGGCUUUGCCUUGGCCAUCAUCGGCUUCCUGGGGACCAUCAUUGUUUGUGCCCUGCCGAUGUGGAAGGUCACAGCCUUCAUCGGAGCCAACAUUGUGACAGCACAGGUCAUCUGGGAAGGGCUGUGGAUGAACUGUGUGACGCAGAGUACGGGCCAGAUGCAGUGUAAGAUCUAUGAUUCUCUACUGGCUUUGCCCCAGGACCUUCAGGCCGCCAGAGCUCUUGUGGUCAUCGCCAUCAUCGUCUCUGCCUUUGGAAUCAUCCUCGGCAUCGCCGGGGGUAAGUGCACCAACUUUGUUGAGGACGAACGUGCCAAAAGCAGGGUGGCCAUCGCUGCUGGAAUUGUUUUCAUCUGUGCCGGCGUUCUGAUCCUCAUCCCCGUCUGCUGGUCUGCCAACACCAUCAUUAGAGAUUUCUACAAUCCCAUCCUGACCAAUGCUCAGAGGAGGGAGCUGGGGACGAUGGGCUCCAUGGGGAUGCAGAUGGUAGGCAGCGCCUUGGCCCUUUUCGGCUGGAUCGGGGUGCUCGUUGCGUGCGGCUCACCCAUGUGGCGGGUCACCGCCUUCAUUGGCAACAACAUAGUGACCUCUCAGACCAUGUGGGAGGGCAUCUGGAUGAGCUGUGUGGUCCAGAGUACAGGCCAGAUGCAGUGUAAGGUGUACGACUCCAUGCUGGCUCUGAGCACUGACCUCCAGGGGGCUCGGGCACUAGUGGUGGUUUCUAUCAUCACAGGUAUUGCAGGGCUCCUCAUUGCCUUCGCUGGUGGAAAAUGCACAAACUUCAUUCCAGAGGAGAGGGCCAAGGCGAGGGCUUCGGUGGCAGCAGGCGUGGUGCUGAUCAUCAGUGGGAUUCUCUGCCUCAUUCCUGUAUCCUGGACCGCCAGCAUUAUUAUAAGGGACUUCUACAACCCUCUGCUGGUAGACGCCCAGAAAAGAGAGCUGGGAGCCUCUCUUUACAUCGGCUGGGGGGCUGCGGCACUGCUGAUCCUGGGAGGGGGGCUUUUGUGCGCCAACUGCCCCCCCAAGGAGGACAAGACCCCCUCUGUGAAGUACCUCAUAAACAAGUCUUCAGGAGGACACAGCAAAGAGGAGUCAGGCCGAUCUGUUACACCGACAAAGACUUACAUUUGA